UCGUAUCCAUCUCUGAAAACAGCAGCGCCAUUGUGAAAGAGGAAUCUGUGAAAUUCUCAACAACUUAGAAGGUCUGACCAUGGCCUUUGAAAUGAUAUUGACUGUUCUGGCCACAUCAUUCCUGGUGCUAGAGGCCAAAAUUUCCCAUGGCGGGCCCAUGGGCUGGCCAGACCUUGGUCAAAUGUACACCCUAGAAGACUUAAGAGGUGCUCUGGACAAUGGCUACUACGACCUGGAGAGCAGAAGUUCUCCUAAUGAGGACUGGUCUAAUGUCGGAUAUCAGGAGCCCACACUUAACGACGACAUCUUCAGCGAAGCUUCCAUCAGAGAUCAAGAAUACCAAGAGAACAGUCCCCUUUGGGGGUAUCAGUCUGUGUCUGGAGGAACUGGUGACGGAAAAGACAAUCCCAAGCAGGUCAAAACAGACAAAGUAUUGCCCGCCUACUGCAACCCGCCCAAUCCUUGCCCCAUAGGAUACACAGCGGAUGAUAACUGCGUAGAAAAUUUCGAAAACACUCCGGACAACAACAGAAAUCUGAUGAAACAACAGGAAUGCCCGUGCGACAAAGAGCAUAUGUUUAGUUGUCCGUCAGACAGUAGAAUCAGUACCAAGUCCGGAUCCUCGCUGGACAGUGUGAUUGACCAGCUAGGAAACAUGGAAAAUAACGCCUUUCUGUCCACAAAUGACAAGAGGAAAUCCUUAGUGGCUAAAAAAUCUCCACACAUGAUCAAAAAGAGAGAUACCGAACACGCCCGAAAUCCGUUUUAUGAGGGAGAUCAUAAGAGAAAUGCUGCAAAGAAGGGCUCUUUAAUGCCGUGGCACCAGUAGCCUAACACAGAACGAAGUGGAAAGAAAUAUUGGACAACUGAUAUCUUGUUCCCUAUCGCAGAAAAACUGAAAAAUUCAGAAUUUGCAAAUAUGUAAUAUUAUUUGUUGUUACAGGAAAAAUAAUUGAAUAUCAACGUCUAAAUUUCAAAACUGAAGUACAAACAGUAUUAGAAAAUGUGACCUUUAAAUCCUAAGAACAUUGUUACCCGCAAAUUUGUUAUCAUUUGAAAAUGUUA